UACACGACGCGAUACAUGAUUCGUGUAUUCAGGCUUAAAGGCGUUAUCGAGGGUCUUUUUAAAUCGGUUGGGUUAUAAGGGUAAUAACAUCGAGUCCAAGGCUAGCCGCUUUAGUAUUAUUUUCUCUGUUAACAGCGAAUCACGGUGUGAGAUAGAACAAUCCAGAAUGUCCUUAGACUUGUAUUACGCUCCUGGGUCGGCACCGUGCCGAGUGGUCCUGCUCGUAGCAGCAGCCCUCGACGUCCACUUUAAUCCCCAUAUCUUAAACUUAAGAAAUGGCGAACACCUCACACCAGAAUUUUUGAAGCUGAAUCCCCAACACACAGUGCCCACACUAGUCGACGGCGACUUCUCUCUAUGGGAGUCAAGAGCCAUCGGCAAAUACUUGGUGAACAAAUAUGGUGGAGAGAACAACGACUUGUAUCCUAGUGAUCCUAAAGCCAGGGCGAUCGUCGACCAGAGACUAGACUUCGACUUGGGAACGCUUUACCCAAGAUUUGGAAACUACAUCUAUCCUCAAAUCUUCGGUGGAGCGAAAGCCGAUGAAGCUCUACUGAAGAAGCUGGAAGAAGCUCUGCAGUUCCUCAACACAUUCCUCGAAGGUCAGAAGUACGCUGCGGGUGACAAACUGACCUUGGCAGACCUCAGUCUCGUGGCGACUGUGUCCACUAUAGACGCAGUUGACAUUAGCUUGAAGGAAUAUCCCAAUGUUGAAAAGUGGUUCGAGCUGGUGAAAGCGACUGCCCCAGGAUACCAGGAAGCAAAUGAAGCUGGCCUUAAAGCAUUCAGAGCUAUGGUAGCGCAGUUAAAAGCUAAAACUGAAUUGUAAGGGUAGCCUGUGUAGCAGCAUAAUACAAUCUUGUAUUUAGAGGUAUGAAAGUAAAACAGGAGCCGCAUUUACUAGCAGUAGUCAGUUAUAAAACUCGAUUUUUUGUAUGAAACUGUAGUAGAAUAAAAAUACAUAUUUAUACCUACUUAAA